ACAACAACAACAACAACAACAACAACAACAACAACAACAACAACAACAACAAGCAGCGGCGGCGGCAGCAGGAGCGGCAGCGGCUCGGUGCGCUGGAGCGCAUGCGCGACCUGGCGCGGCGCAUGGACGAGCGCAUGGAGGCGGCGCCGUACGCGACGGAGCACGAGCUGAUGCGGGUGCGGGCCGCGGUGGCAGUGCACACGGGGGCGUUGAGCGUGCCGGUGGACCGUGUAUCAGGCGAUGACGAUGGAGGAGAGGGCCGGCGGGCGCGCGACCGUGAGCGUGCCAAGGCGCGGCAGCUGUUGCUGCAGAUUAGGGAGGACUGCGGCGGGAAGCUGGAGCUGAGGGAGGAUCGGGAGAUGCUUGCCGAGCUUGGGUCUGAUGAGGAAGAGGACGAUGACGAGGACGAGGAUGAAGGAGGAGAAGGAUCAGGAGAGGGUCAGGGACUGGUCAUGUACUCGUCGCUGCCUAUGAGAUGAGGUAGAGAGAACGAAAGAGACAUGAGAUCACACACACGUAGGCACAGUGUCUGGUUUCUACUACGCUGUGUCUGCAACAGACAACUCAUUCUUCGCAAUGAAGCACUACGUAAAAUACGUGUAGCUAUCUGUAAAAAAAAAAAAAAGGACAUGGGCGUGCCCGCCCGGCCGCCCAAUUUUCCGCAUUCGCGCCAUCUACCUUCCCCUAAUCA